AACCUUAGUCUGCUCUAUCUCUUGAAACGAAUAUGUGAUGGAUUUUGUUUGCGUGUGGCUAAUGUAUAAAAACAUUCAAAUCGAAUGAACGCGCGUAUAUUUCGGCGAAAAAUAAUUUUGAUCAAAAUAACAAUCUUCACCUACUCCUGAUCAAUCGAAUAUCCAAUGCGAUUGGUCAUUUGUACACCGAUCAAUCGCACUUCAUUUGUUCCGCGCUCUUGUACAACGUGAUGAGCAACUCGGAUUGAUUUUUCUUUUCAUUGAAAAUACUCGCACCGUAUCGAUAGCUUAUUCACCAAUUAGCAUGUGAAACUGAAUAGUUUGAACAAAUGAAUUUAUUGCUGCUCGGCAUUUUUGUGUGCGCCAGAGAAUUGGAUGAAAGAAGAUAGUUGUGCAGAAAGUUUUAUCUGUUCAACCGGAAAAUAAAGUGUUAGAUAAACAUCGUGACUUUGUGCCGUUGUUGAUUGAUUUUAUCUAGUGUCUUGGAUUUGUAUGAUUGAUAACAGUCAUUUUGUGCUCUAAUUUCAUUAAUAAAUAAAUCAGAAACUGUACUGAAUCCGGUGUGCUUGUGUGUUGUUGUAUUUCAAAGAUUCGAAGAGUCUUUUUUUAUUUCGCUUCAAUUCAAAACGGUUAUCGGUGAACACAAUUUUGAAGAGUGGAGCUGAAGUGACCAAACGAGGAACAUCAACUCAACGCAAAAUCUAAAUAUAUGCGUUUUUUCUCUUAUUCCUUCGUUCAAACAACAUAAAAUCAAAAUACAGAGAGAAAAAACAACAAAAGAAGAAUUAAAUGGAUUCUUCAGCGAAUAACAGUAGAUAUAAUACGAUGGAUACAGAAGACGAUCGCGCUAUUGCAACAACAUCAGCAUCACCUGCAGCAACUGAAACGGCAACCACGAUCAGCACAAUCAUCUUACAAAGUCAUCCAAUACAAAUCGUUGUUGGGAUUUUGCAGAGUAAAAAUAGUCUGCAUAUCAAAAUCGUCGAGAUCACACCGAAGCUCAGUUUUCUGGGAGGAAGCAUUGAGGAAACUGUUCAAAUGCAAAGAGAACAUGAAGUCGUUUAUCGCAAAUUGACCACACAAAAAACACCAAUUGAUGAGUUUGCUGUCAAGGCUGAACAAUUGAUUGCCGAGAAGAAUGCAAACCCAAAGUUGCUGGAAGCAAUGGAACACUCCUUGAAUAUUGCAUGGCAAGAUUUGCUGAACAUUUUCGAACAACGCAGACAUGUACUCAACAUAAAUGCAAAUUUUCACGAAAAAAUCGGCAUAUGCUUGGGCAAAAUGUCGUCGUUGGAAGUUGCAUGUCGUGACACAAUGCUACCGAACGAGAUCGAAGCCAUACAGGAUUUCUUAAACAAAUUCAAGCAGCUUCGCAUUGACGUUCUUGCAUCGGUGAUGAUGACGCUGAAAGAAGGCAAUGAAUUGUUGGCAACUUUGCGAGAAACAGCCAUGGGUGGCCAGUGCGACACGAGGCCCGACAGCAUUAAGGUUGAAAUAAAAAAAUCAUUGGCCCAGGUCGAGCUGUGGCUCGAGCAAUUGCAUGAUCGACGCAACGAACUGGAACAGGCAUGGCAGACGAGAAAAACUCAAUUAGAGCAGUGCCUAGCGUUUGCAAUACUAAUCCGUGACAUCAAUGAAUUGCAACAACAAUUGAGACGACUAAAGGGAAUUUAUGACAAUCGUAAGCACCAAUUAGAUUCAGAGAUAAGUGCAAGUAAUGCACAUGCCGAGGUAGUCGAGUGGAAGAAUGAUGCGGUCGUGAUACGCGAUCGAGCGAUCAAAAUAACAAGAUCAACAGAAAAACUGUCAAGCACCUGUCGCUUCGACAACAGCAACAACAACGGCAACAAUCGAGCUUACAUGUUCCUAAACGAAUGCACUGAGCUGGUCGAAGAUUUAGAUAAUUAUGAAGAGCUUUUAUCGAAAAUUGCAUUAUUCUUUGAAAAGGCGGAAAAAACGCUAACUGCUCUACGCCAACUAGAAACCGAAUCAUCGAACUUGAUCAAAGAGAAGAUGCUCGAAAAGUAUACGCUGACACGGUUGAUCAAUGACACAGCUGCACUUGUUGAAGAGCCACUGCGCCUUGGUUACGCUUUAUUGGAUCGUAUUGGCCGAUCGAAUCCAGAAGCAUUUAGCAUUGAAAAAACAAUUGUGGAAAUUGAAAAUCGACGAAUCUAUUUAGAAGAGCUAUACUCGCAAUACAAUUUGGACUACAUUAAAAUCACUCAGACAUUGAAUGAAUUCUACGAAAGCUGUAAUGGCAUUUCGGCUUGGCUGGUGUCGGUGAACAAAGCAUUUUUUACUUCCAACAAUUCGAUGGGCAAGUCACUCCAAGAGGGGAAACUAUUCCUUCAGUUGCAUCAUCAAAUGUUGUCCGAUCUUGAGCACAAAGGAACGGAAAUCAAUAAACUACUUAUCGACACUAGCCAAAUUCUUGAGUUGAUCGAAAGAGAAGAGCGCGAUGAAGUGGACGAGCGUGUUCAAAAAUUACGCGAUUCAUGGGACAUUGUCAAAACAAUCGUGGAAAAUCGAGUGGAUUUAUCGACAAAUUUCAUAAAAUUCCUGCAAUUAGCGGAAAAGCUGGCCGAAAUGUUCAAAUGCGUAGAACAAAUCCUACAAUCAACACCCGACGAGUCGAAACUGAGCCAAAUAGACGAAUUAUGGGCUAGAAUCAACUCGGCAUAUACACAGCUAAAAGAGGACGGAAACAGUUUCGUUGAACACAUUUCAAUGGUUGUCGACGAUAGUCUUGAGAGGCGAACGACUCGUGAGUACGUUGAACAGAUUUUGACGGAUUUCAGUUUGCGAACACUUAGUAUUAACAGCUUUGUUGAAAAUUGGACCACAAUAAUACGUGAACGACGGGAUAUUGAGCAAAUUCUUCAGCAAAUUAUGUCCAAAAAUGAACUGUCAUUGAUUUCCGCAUCGAAAUUAGAUGCGCAGCUGUAUCCAAUUUUAAUCAAACAGACCACCGAUUUAAAUUUGCUCAAGGCAUUUCUGCACGAUAAAUUGCAUUUAUUUUUGGCCGAUAUAGAGAAGGCACAAAUCGAAAUAACACAUCAUAUUCAAACGACGGCCGCCUUGCAACCAAAAGAUGACAAAACGAUUGACAAAGUGACACAAGUGCUGCGCAAUCUCAAUGCGAUUGUCAAUAAACUUGCUUCCAUUAAAAAUGAUUUCCAAUCGUUAAUCGAUGGAAUCGUAGACUAUAUUGAAAGUCUCAUCACAACGAAGAAUUCGAUUGACUUGUAUUUCAAGCAAGCCUCAUUCAGCUCCGAUUCAAAGAGUGUUGAUGCCAAAAUUGCGGAAAAUGAACAAUUCAUCGCGAAAAUUCAACAAGAGUUGUGGAUUUUGUCCCAACAAAAGGAUCGUCUCAUUGAGCAAAUUAGCAAACAAGAACCGUUCGAAGCCAAAGAUCACGAUAUAAACUUUGUAAAAUCACUUCUGGACAUCGUACAAGAUGAGUUGACAUCACGGAACUCUGCUUUGAUUGAGCGAUUAAAGAGUGAAGGGGACAUCGAACGAUUCAAAGUGAAUUUCAAAGCCAUUUUCGAAGAUGUUGACCGAUUGAAAACGCAAAUAAACAACACUGAAGCACAAUUAAAGGAAACUCUGCUCACCUCAAACACGAAAUACAUCAGCUAUGAAAGCUACGAACAAGUUAUACAGAUCCUAGAUCAACGAAUUGAUAAAUUCAUCAACACAUCGGAAAAUGUGUGCAAUAAUAACAGCGACGCGAAGCCGUUCAUUCAAAAUUCGAUAAGUGAAUUGAAACGUUAUUGGAACGAUUUGAAGCGCCAAGCCAAUGAAUUGGAGAAAAAUAUCGAGAAUAUGAAACAGUAUUUCACAGUAAACGAACAAAUUGAUCGGAUUUAUAGAGAGCAUAGAGAAUAUUUGCAAAUAAUCAUCAAUCAAAUGUCAUUUGCGAAAAACGCACACGAAACAGACGAACUGAUCAACAAAAUCGACCGAUAUAUUUCGGAUCACGAGUCUCGACAAUUGGAGCUACUGAAAGAUUUGGCAAUUCUAUCGAAAAAUGUAUAUGGUUUCGAUAAGACCAUUGAAAAAUACAGUGAAAAUAUCGAACUGUUUCAAUCUUUCUUUUCGACGAAAAAUAAGCUAAACCAAUUGGGUGAACAAUUAUUGGAGGAGGAAAAAGCAAAAGAGGCUGCAGAAGCGGUGGCAGCGGCUGUAGCAGCCGAACAGCUGCGACGACAACAGGAGAUUGAAAAACAGCAGCAAAUAAAGCAAUCGACUCAAGCUACUGAAGUGGUGGAUUUUGUACCCAAAUCGAUUAUACAGCAAAGACAGUCGAUAGAUAUUACAAAAAUUGCUGAAACCCGGCAAACACUCACACUUGAAGAGGCACCACGUUUUAUCCAUCAGCUUCGUGAGUCGGUGGUACAGGAAGGUGAAAAGUGCCAAUUUGUAUGUCAGUUGGCAAGCUGGCAACCAGCCAUUCAUAUCGAAUGGUUCAAAAAUGGUGUUCCAAUUGUUAUGGUCAAUCCACACUAUGUGGUUCGCAAUGAAAACGAUCUCUGUACUCUUUCGAUUGAAGAAACACUUACAGAGGAUUUGGGUUUAUUCACUUGUCGCGCCACAAAUAACAUUGGAUCGGCCGAAACAUCUGCUAGACUUUGUAUACAACCGAACGAACAAACUGAAAUGCUGUGUCCUCCGAAAUUUAUAAAGCCGUUAACAAAUUGCAGAACAUCGUCUGGCUCUUCCCUGCUGUGGAAAUGCUUUGUUGGUGGCACGCCACUACCAACGUGCCAAUGGUUUAAAAAUGACGUAUGCAUCGAUGUUUCGCCACGAUACAAUAUUUCUUAUAAUAAUGGCGAAGCAACAUUACGUUUAGAUGACUUAUGUGCGGAUGAUGCAGGCAAAUAUACAUGCGUUGCUAAAAAUAUCCUGAGCGUUGAUCAGUGUUCAGCUUCGCUGACUGUAAACGUUCCGCCACAAUCGAUUGAUUCACUUGGUAAAAAUGCUGAAUCAGACAGUGCCUUGCAAUCGCAGCAGCAACAGAUUCAUCAUAUUAGACCCGAAUUCAGAACGCCAUUAAGUAAUAUAUUCACAUCGGUGUGUCAGGCAUUUGAGCUGGAUUGUGAAUUGGUUGGUUGGCCGAAACCAGACAUUCUGUGGAAGCUCAACGGCAAGCCGCUCCUAAUUAGUGACCGUGUUAAAUUGCAGCACGACCACGAUCGAGUCAAGUUGCUAAUAGCUAAAGCUCAACCCAUCGACGCUGGCACUUAUACCUUGUGUGCAAAGAAUAUUGCUGGGAUUGCGUAUACUUCGUGUGAAGUUGCAGUACAAUUAGAGAUGGCCGUGGAUUCAGAGGUUGUCACAAACCUUCAACCGACCGUAUUGCUGCCCUUGAAAGAUGUACACGCCAUUGAAGGGAAGUCCGUACAGUUGCAGUGCGAAAUUAGUGGAUCGCCUGAGCCAGAAGUGAUUUGGUAUCAUGAAAAUAAACCGGUGAAAGAGUCAUCAGAUGUCCAGCUUUUGUUCCGAGGUGAUCGAUGUUCGUUGUUUAUUCAAGAGGCCAUGGCUGAAGAUGCCGGCGAAUACAGAGUAGUUGCAUUGAAUUUGGCUGGUGAGGCAUCCAGCAUGUGCAAGCUAUCAAUUGAAUCUUCCAAUAAGAAAGUUGAUUCGGUUAAAAACAGUGCAAGUGCAGUGAAUGCCACAGUCGAUGGAUUCGCGCCAAAGUUCGAGAAACUUCUGUCUGACAUUUUAGCCAAUGAAGGGGAAACUGUUGAAUUGGAUUGUGUUGUGGUGGGCGAACCCAAACCGGCAAUCAAAUGGUUUUUGAGCAAUAGCGAAAUUAUUGAAAAUGAUCGCAUUCAAUUCGAUUACAAUUCGGAAAAUGGAAAAACAAAACUAAUUUUGAAAAAUGUUUCCAUCGAUGACAAAGGAGUGUAUACAGUGCAGGCAACUAACUCACUUGGUGAUGCGAAAUGUUUUUCACAUGUAAAUGUGAAAUCGAUUAAUGCGUCGGAAAAUAUACCAGAUAAACAAGUCGAGAGCGAUGAAUCACACCAUUUUCUCGAAUUCAAAGAGAAAUUCAGCGAUAAGAGUGCUCACAUCGGCGAUUUGGUCAAAUUUGAAUGCAUCGUUGUGGGAAAGCCAACACCAAAGAUUCGUUGGCUAUUCAACGAUAGACCCGUUCAGGGUAAGCAAUUUUUACCUUCAACCAGCGGUGACCGACAAGUUUUGACAAUUCCAGCGAUCAGCAAUGAGACUAUUGGUAAGAUUUCUUGCACCGCCGAAAAUGAUUUUCACCGCGAAUCUUGUUCGGCUCUUCUGAGUUUAACGCCUGACCUUGUACUUCCACCAUCAUCGCAACGCACCGAAUUUUAUGCGGAGGAGUAUGAUACAAACUCGUCAAAUGUAACCAUAAAGAAGCAAUCAACAAUCUCAACGCACACAUCACAAAUUACAUCGUUCCAAAAUGGAUCAGCACCACUAGGUACUGCCGAAGCGUUGAGCAUACAACCAAAGGAGAAAAUGGUCAAUUAUGGCGUUAAUGACUUUACCCAGCUGAAGAGAAAUGCUCUUUUACAGUCAUCACAAUCGAAAUUGGUGUCAACCGAAAGUCUUUUUCCCAAAUCACCAAAGAAAGAAACAGCUCCCCGAUUCAUUUCUCCUUUCAUUGGGAAAAUUAUUGAACAGGGUUCCAGCAUGACAUUGGAGGCGAUCAUUGACGGUUUCCCUCAGCCAGAGAUUGAAUUAACGAAAAACGGCGAGCCAUUGUUUGAAAAAGAAAAUUUAAAUAUUGUUCGCAAAAAUAAUCGCAUCACUAUUUCAUUACAAGAUGUAACCACCGCAGAUGCCGGUCGAUAUUCGUGCAGUGCAACAAAUCCCAUUGGCAAUGCGCUCAGCACGGCUGAUGUUGUCGUUAAAAAAUCCAUAUUUCCGCCAGUGUUUGGGCAUAGAUUACAAGCCAAGGUGGCCAAAUGUGGAGAGCGCGUGAUCAUGGACAUCGAAGUUUCUGGUAUCCCGCCACCAACGAUAACCUUUUAUAAGGAUGAUAAGCCAUUGCACGAGUCCAAUAUUUCGGCACACAAAAUAAGAUCGAGUGGAAACUGCUACACACUCGUCAUUGAAAAAGUGUGUAAAUUCGACGCUGGAAAGUAUAUGGUGAAAGCAGUUAAUGAUGCUGGCGAAACACAAAGUAUUGCUGAUUUCAUAAUUUUAGAGCCGACGCCUGAACGAAUUGUUGACGUGGUAAAAACAGUUGCGGUCGAGAAUAUUGAUGAACAUAGGGCGGGACUUGAUACAAAUACGUCCGCCAUUUCACCUAAUUCAUAUCAUUCCUCGCAAACUGAAACCAUUAAACAGUCUGAUUCGCAUGGAUCCAGCGAACAAACCAUCCACACUGAAACAUGUCGAAUAACUGAAACGACAAUGCGUAUGGAACAUAAAUCACCACUUCCCGAUAUUGAGUUUAAUCCAUCACCAAGACCAUUCGAAUCUAGAGACCAAUUCGAAAUUCAAACCAAACCUCAUGCCAAAGUAGUUUUAGAACCACACCAAAAACAACAACAACAACAUCACAAUGAGUAUGACCAAUUGGCUGGCCAUAAAACAUUUGAAAACACUAGAUAUACCACAUUUGAUGCGGCAGCUCCAAAAAAGGCGCAAGUUUUUAUCCAGGAAAAACCAUCUUCUGAAGCACAUAUGGGCUCCUUGCCAAAAACCAAUUUUUCUAGCGUAUCACAGCGUGUGAAAACAUUGGAACAGUGUGAACAAGAGGUGCCUUUAUACAAAUCCAAUCCAGUGUGGAAUGCAUUGAACGACUCACCAAUCAGGCAUUUCGAUUCGGAAAAGCCUAUUCAUACGGAGAGUUCCACUCCAAUCUAUCAAAUGAAUGGAGUGGGUACGCCAAAUCCAGUAAACAAAACCUUGGAGAAAAUCUCGAAUAAAAUGCAAGAAUAUGAACAAACGCAUUGGUUGAAGGGCUACGAUUUGAAAGCACCGGCAUUGGUUAAACAUGUUACACCAAAUGCGAAUCAUUUCAAUGGAUACGAAUCAAAGGAUGUAGCACUUGCACAACCACUGAACAUGGAACCGGGUGAAACGCCUGAAUUUUGUUUUGCUCCACGUUUCACAAGUGAAAGAAAACCAUCGCUUGUGGAAAGAAUCGAAAAAAGUUUGGAACGAGAAUUGGAAAAGGGGCCAUCAAAAGUGUUGCCAUAUUCAGUAAGGACGAUGCCUCCAUCACCACAAACUGUUUCAACGGAGACGUUUGAAUCGACUAAACGUACUGUGUUGACACAAGCUAAACAGCCCGAAAUCAAUGUGCACCACAAAGAUUUCAAUCAUAUCAAAAACACUUUCUAUGAACACAACAAACCAUUACAAAGAAAUGAUCAUAUUCCUACACCAAUACAAGCUCCCCAGAAUCAAUUCAACACGUCAGUUUGUUCGAAUAUUUCGUUUACUGCUAAGGAAAAUAAAACGAUCGACGAGCAUGCAUCGCACCGUUCUAGUUCGGUUCGGUUCAAGGACAAUGAAUUCGAAAGAGACACCACCACUAAGAUACAUCCAAUUUGGCGCCCUGGAUAUGAUUCGGACACAGAAACUCCACAGUUCCGGUCAAUUAAACCGAUUUUAACUCCAACCACAGGUCGUUCAUCAGCCGUUUCAGUGGGCCCAUCUCCGAUACCACCGAGCCAAUUUGAGCAACCACAACGAUUUACAUCGACCAGUGAGCAGCUAAACACUAUUUCACGAGAUUUCCAAGUGUUGAAACCAAAACCAGUUUCAGCACGACCGUUCAAUCAAUCAAAACCAAUCACUUCUCAUUCAGAGAGAUCAACUAAAUUUUAUACGGCCACUGCAGGACCUCCAUAUCAUAAUCAAACGGAUAUCGCAUCGGAGAGUCGCAGUCACAUGGAAAUACGUGAAGCAACGGAAAGCAGUCAGCGCAUUGUGAAUAUGUCUUCAACAAGAAAAGUUAUUACAUACGACCAAAAAGAGCAGCAGCAAGAACAUCAACAUCACUCGCAAAGCACUUUCGAGAAAUCACUGGAACCGUUUCCGUUUACGGUUUCACCAAUACCAAGCAUCUCACGGCAAAGAAUACGCCAGCUACCAACACCCACGAAAUUCGUACCUGGAGAAUUCCGUGAGAGCGAUUACGACAGUGAAAUCGAAGCGAUGAAAAUUCGGCCGCUCUGGACACCCAACACAACCGAAUCAGAUCGCCUAUAUAACUACCGUCAUGUUUCACCUCCAACGCCUCGGUCUACCAGCGUACCAAGGCACCAUUUCGAACGUAUUUUAACUCCAAUGGAUUUCGACGUGAGUGACGUUGAGAUGCCGAGUAAAAUUAAAUGCCUUCCAACCAGUCCGACAUACUCAAGUCAACAGCAAAAUCAAUAUAAAACACAAACUCUGGAUAGAUUCCGUUCGAAAAAGAAAAGUAGUUCGCACUUUGGAGCUUUGUCAAGCCAAGAUGAUAUAAACAUUAUGCAUUCAACACCACAAUACCAGACAAAACAAGAGACUAGGGAGUCUCAGUACGGUACAAAGUGUGUAGACGACGAUGCUCUUAUUUACUUUAAAUAUGAUUUCGGUUACGAAUUCGGCAUUCUAUUCCCGGGUAAGGGUAGGAAAUAUGUUGCUGGCAGCAGCAAAUCCACUACUCCAAUCUCCAAACAGUUUUUGCAUAACUCAGCCGGAGCCAUAGACAUACCAGUUUUACAUGAAAAAACGAUUAAACAAAACCUCUGGAGACAACGAAAUAAGAACGAUAUUCACGAUAUCAUGGGUAGAAAUAAGAUGUUUGGCAAAAAUCAGCCAACGGUUUCAUUUAAUAUAGAUGAACUUCAUUGCAAUUCGCCGAGGAUUAAACAACAUAUGCCGCGAAAAGAAAUAUCGAGAGAACAACGGGUCUAUACACCGACCCAAAUGAACUAUACGAUUGUCGGCGCAUCACAUGAUCAAGAAAAAUUGCCAAAGUAUGCGCCCGUAUUUGUAGCGCCUUUGAAAGAUAUAGCUGUGCUCAGCGGACAUACUGCACGUUUCGAAUGUAUCGUACAAUGUGAUCCACAUCCAUACAUCGAAUGGUAUCGCGACGAUACACCAAUCCGUAAUGGUAGCGGCAAAUAUUUUGUGGAAUUUCGAAAUGGCGUUUGCCGCUUGACAAUUCCCGAAACACUCUUAAGUGAUGCUGGGCUAUACACAUGCACCGGAACGAAUCAUUUGGGUUCUGUCGUGACGUCGGCUGAACUUGUUGUCAAUAACGAAAACUGGGGAAUACGAAAAUAGAGUCAUUCAUUCGUUUUUGGGUUAAAACACUUCCGCAGAUAUUUCUAUUGCUUGAUACAUUUUUUUUUCUCACGAAGUCAACGAACUGAGUUGAGGUUUUGCGAGGGGGGAACACAAUUUUAUAUAAAACCAAUAACAAGUUAGAUUUCUAGUUGAAAUAAUCAUUUAUCGAAUUAUAUCAAUUUAUGACUAGUUCUUACUUUUAGUUAUGAAAACAUCAACUUGUCUGUAUCUGCAAUGUUUUAGCGAAUGAACGAAGUUUCAGUCUGUUAAGCGAUCCAAAACUUCGAGCUAAAUUACACUAAUUUUUUCAAAGUUCGAAAAUUUCAAUUGGAAUGUUCAGGAGAACAAAUAACAUACGUCAAUUUCCAAUUUCCAUCAGAUUGGGCCCAAUGAAAACCGAAAACUAUAUAUAUACUUAUUUUUUGUUCGUAUUUCGUCGCAUGUCAGCCUGACUCUUUCAACAUGACUCGAUGCCUUCAACCAUAUAUAUUGCAUUGGAAUUCAGAUUGCUUUGAAUGAAUCAUUUGUUAUUUAAGUUUUAAAAAAAAAUAUGCAUCAAUUUAUGUAUAACAAUAAGCUCUCUGUAUUUUUUUUCAGUUCUUCUUAGCUGUUUCAGAACAAUAAACUUAUGCUUUGACAAAA